AUGACGAACACUCUUGCUAUCUUUGAAUUGGUAGAUAGGAUACACGAACAUCAAUGCACUUUGAUAAAGGAAGCACACUAUUUAGGAAUUUCGAGUCAUCGGCUUGCCGGGCUAGGUAGCCUUAUAACAUUGGGUCUCGAAGACCAGCUCGCUGCUAUCCUCUGCUCUCCCAAUGGAGCGGAAAGAGUCCGGUUAGCGAGACAGAGAUAUGGCGAUGAGUUGCCAGAUGGAGAAUUGAAUGUGGAUGAGAUGGCUCUAUACAAAAGUCUGUAUGGAACGCCACGCGCAGCACCUGCAGCUGAAUCUGAGGAGACGCAAAAUCCUGGACCUCAAUUGUUCCGUGCUGAUGGCCAAGGCAGCCUUAUUAAGGUUGAUCUUGGAUCCGAAUUUGAAUUGGAUAAAAACGAUCCCUAUUCACCGAACGAAGAUGAAGUUUUUCAAGAAGAGUCUCUCGACACGGAGGAAUCCGAACGUUGUCUUGAAACCCAUCAAAGAGCCGUACCUGUAAAAUUUAUUGAAGAUUAUGAUCCUAAUGAAUUUGGCCCUCGAGCCCAUCCUUUGACUACUAUCGGAAAAUUUAAUACGCCCUCUUCUACAGUAUUCAUGCCGCAAACUACUCUUAUCAAGCCUAUCACCGACAUUAUUUCCCACUCAAACAUGAAACAUAUCAUAGACAGAUCGCAUGAAUUGUUUGGCAAAUCUUUGUCAGAAUCUACACGUGUUGUUAAAGGCACUCCCCAGUUACCUAUUGCAUGCUCCGCAACGCAGCACUCCAUGAAACCAAUAGACGCUACCCUUUUUCUCUCUGUUUUAUAUCCUGGAUUAUAUACUACUUCUUUGAGUAUCCUAUCAGAAGUUCGAAAGCGAUUAGGAAGCAAAUGGCUACGCGACCUAAUGUACAAGAAAGGAGGCGCUAAAAUACUUGACGUUGGUGCUGGAGGUGCUGGUAUUUUGGCAUGGAGAGAUGUCCUCAAAGCUGAAUGGUCGCUUAUUCAUCCAGAUUAUACGGACGCUUCCCAGGCUCCUCAAGGGAAGGCGACCGUCGUCGUCGGGUCAGACACCUUGCGGCACAACAUAAGCCACCUUCUGGAAAACACAACAUUUAUUCCUCGAUUGCCAGAUUACUUGCAUGCGAGUGACCCAUCAACAGUCGGUGACGAAGAAUCAUCGCCAAAGCGAAAAAGGUUUGACGUGAUCAUUGCAUCGCACAACUUAAUGAAGCAUUCUGAAGCCUAUAUGCGCAAGGAGACCAUUCUAAAACUCUGGUCGUUGUUAAAUCCAGAUGGCGGCGUUCUUAUUCUGGUAGAAAAAGGGUUUCAGAGUGGGUUUGAUUGCAUUGGGGGUGCUCGAGAGAUGAUUUUGAACAGGUUGAUCGCUUCACCAGGGUCUACUCAUUACGAAAAGAUUUUAGGGUCCUCGAAUGAUGAAACUAUUGUGCAAAAAGAGAAAGGCAUGAUUAUCGCACCCUGCACUAAUCACUCAGAAUGUCCCCUAUAUGUAAAUCCUGGAAUAAAGGUGCCAAAUAAGGAUCUCUGCCAUUUCAGCCAGCGGUAUGUCCGUCCCAAUUUUCUUCAGCGAAUUGUGGACUCCAAGGAUGAAAAUCAUGAGGACAUUAAAUUCAGCUACUUAGCUGUUCAGCGAGGAGUAGACAAGCGCGAAACGGAGGCGGUAAUUCAGGGUCAAAGUGCCUCUGAUGCGGCGUUCUCUGGCUACGAUGCCUCCGUAGACAAUGCCGGCAACUUUGCAAUUCCAGAAGUCAGAGCGAUGGAUGAAAACAAUACACCCCAAAUCAACACGCUAUCUCUCCCCCGGCUGAUCCUGCCCCCACUGAAGCGAAAGGGGCACGUUGUCCUGGACUUGUGCACUCCCGCCGGCCAAAUCGAACGAUGGGUCGUCUCCCGUUCGUAUAGCAAGCAAGCAUUCCGUGACGCUCGCAAAUCGUCAUGGGGUGAUCUCUGGGCUUUAGGCGCGAAGUCGCGGACACCACGAAAUUUGAAACUCACCAACAAGAACGAUUCUUUGUCUCAAAAUAAAGAAGAAGAAUGUGAAAAGGACGAAGAAGAGACUGAACCUAAACCUCAGCCAGCCUACAUGGCUGAGCACGACAUGGAUAUUCCCGAUUUUCAGCGGACACUUGAAAAGUUUCCAGAAUGGGGGCUUAAAGCAAAUAAAAGCCAGAAAAAGCCCGAGAAAAAAGUUCCGGCCUGGGUGAAAAAGAUGCAAAAGAGAAAGGCAAGGAAACAUUAUGCCCAGAAGGACCACAGAGGAGUUAAUGACAUGAUUUGA